UGGUAUGGAUAAGUGGAAUUAUCGAAAAGUGAGUCCUCCACCACAUACAAUACAACAACUAUCACUUCUUCUUCGUUUCGUUUUCUUUGCAAUCUCAUACAACAAUGACGUCCCUGCAGAAUUACCCAACGCUUCACCGAACCUUCCUCCACAACACUUUUGCUCAGAAGCAUGUCACUUCUCGUUCAUCUCGAAGAGAUGCCAUUUCCUUCAUUGUCAAAGCUGCCCAAGAAUCCUCUGCUUGUUUAACUCCUCAAGAUAGAUCAGGAAGGCGCCAAGUGAUCGCCAUUGGAACUGCUUCCCCAUUAGUUUUUCUUCUCAACCAACACUCCUACUCUUUUGCUGCAGAAAAUAAGAAAGGAUUUUUGCCCGUUUUGGACAAGAAAGAUGGAUAUUCAUUUCUCUACCCUUUUGGGUGGCAGGAAGUUGUAAUUGAAGGUCAAGAUAAGGUGUUCAAAGAUGUCAUUGAACCACUGGAGAGUGUCAGUGUAAAUUUGAUACCUACUGGCAAACAAGAUAUUAGAGAAUUUGGAUCCCCUGAAGAGGUUGCCCAAACUCUGAUAAAAAAGGUUUUGGCCCCUCCAAACCAGAAAACCAAGAUAGUAGCUGCAAAAGAGCAAGAUAUUGAAGGAAAAUUAUACUAUCAAUUUGAGUUCAUUGCUCAGGCUCCAAACUAUACUCGUCAUGCUCUCAGCACAGUCUCCAUCGGCAAUGGUAAGUUUUACACCUUGACGACAGGAGCAAACGAGAGAAGAUGGGGAAAGAUGAAAGACAGGCUGCAAACAGUGAUAGACUCCUUCAAAAUUUUCGAUGUUUGAUAAUGAUCAUUGUUAUUACCAUAUUAGAGAUAUUCAACUCUUAAUCAGCGAGAAUGUUAAUUUGAGCUUUCUAGUCCAAAGUUCAAUAUGUUUGCUUAUAACUUUCUCCCUUCAUUUUUGUACAAUGCAUUACUCAUUUAUUGUUCAUAUAUUUGGAGAAAAUGGCAGCCAUCAUUGGCUCUAUUUUUAA